AUGGACCUCAAGUUCCUGCUGCUCCUCGGCCUCCUGUCGGGGCUGCGUGCCCGCUCCAGGAAGGUGGAGGACGAGGAUUACGAAGACUUGUCCUUCAACCAAAAGUGGGUCCUGGCUCCUAAAACCCAGGACACAGAUGUGACUCUCAUCCUGAACAAGUUGCUAAGAGAAUAUGACAAAAAGCUCCGGCCAGACAUUGGAAUAAAACCAACUGUCAUUGACGUUGACAUUUAUGUUAACAGCAUUGGUCCUGUGUCAUCAAUAAAUAUGGAAUACCAAAUAGACAUAUUCUUUGCUCAAACCUGGACAGACAGCCGCCUUCGAUUCAACAGCACGAUGAAAAUACUCACUCUGAACAGCAACAUGGUUGGAUUGAUCUGGAUCCCCGACACUAUCUUCCGAAAUUCCAAAACAGCAGAAGCUCAUUGGAUUACCACACCCAACCAACUCCUGAGGAUAUGGAAUGAUGGGAAAAUCUUGUAUACUUUGAGGCUCACCAUCAAUGCGGAAUGCCAGCUGCAGCUCCAUAAUUUCCCAAUGGACGAACAUUCCUGCCCUCUGAUCUUCUCCAGCUAUGGCUACCCCAAAGAAGAAAUGAUUUAUAGAUGGAGAAAAAAUUCAGUAGAGGCUGCAGAUCAGAAAUCAUGGAGGCUUUACCAGUUUGACUUCAUGGGGCUCAGAAAUACAACUGACAUUGUGAAAACGUCUUCAGGUGAUUAUGUCAUCAUGACUAUAUACUUCGACUUAAGGAGAAGGAUGGGAUACUUCACUAUUCAGACAUACAUUCCCUGCAUAUUGACAGUUGUCUUAUCCUGGGUGUCCUUUUGGAUUAAGAAAGACGCCACACCAGCAAGAACGGCGUUAGGUAUCACCACAGUAUUGACCAUGACCACCCUGAGUACCAUAGCCAGGAAGUCUUUACCACGAGUGUCCUACAUCACUGCCAUGGACCUGUUUGUGACUGUGUGCUUUCUGUUUGUCUUCGCUGCGCUGAUGGAAUACGCCACUCUCAACUACUAUUCAAGUUGCAGAAGACCCAACUGCACCAAAAAGAAAAAAUCGUUCACGCGCUCAGAGACCACAGAAUGGGUUCACGAAAGGAUACACUCCCAUGUCCACAGCAACUACUCAGUACUUGGUAUGCGGCCGCCACCUACAGUGAUCGCAUUGAACAAUUCCAUGUACUGGCAGGAACUGGAAGAUACUUGUGUUUACGAGUGUCUGGAUGGCAAAGACUGUCAGAGUUUCUUCUGCUGCUACGAGGAAUGUAAAUCUGGGUCCUGGAGGAAAGGGCGCGUUCACAUAGACAUCUUAGAGCUGGACUCGUACUCCAGGGUCUUCUUUCCGACAUCAUUCCUGCUCUUUAACCUGGUCUACUGGGUUGGCUACCUCUAUCUCUGAAUGCCGCCCGCAGAGCCAGCCAGGACUAGUGCUUCUCCCAGCAACGGUGAAAACACAGGCUCGGGGAAGUUUCAGUGGUCAGCUUCAGCUCAAAGCAUCCAGGCCACGAUAGCUUCCGGUCAUCACAGGACCCGGUGAAGGAUUUUAUUCGUAUUUGCCUAAAGGUUUGCACCCAAAAAGAAAUCCUGAUGAAUUUUCAACAUGGAAAUUCUUACUAAAUUCCAUUGAAUUUAUAACUCAGCAGUGUUUAUUAAGGGUUUAUUAAGUGUUUAUGAAGAAACUGCAACAAGCAGCCUUUUUGCCUCUGCUAAAUGGUGAGGACAGAUAUCUGAUAUCCUGUAGCUCACUCAGGUUUUC